AAUAAAUAUUGCAAUCAAACCCCACAAAAUUGUUUUCAAUCUCAACCUGAGCUCAUGUGUUGCUGAACCCAGCCUUUGCAGUGUGAAAUCCCAAAUCAAGACUCUGCCUGAUAACUCCUCACCUGUUUGACAUCACCUGACCAUUGCCAGCCACCUCUGUGUAGCCAGGAUCUACAAGGAUUUUCAUGCAGAGACAAUAUUUUCAGAAUAAGGUUGGGAAACCCAGAGUAAGAAAUGAUGCCUGUACAAAUGGCAGAAAGCCUUUCCCAGGACAUAUAUGACAUUAUUAACGGAACAGAGAAAAACAACAGCUCCACGGAAUGCCCAUAUUUUCCUGAUUUAAAUUUUGUUUAUACAUUUGUGCCUCCCUACAUUUUCACUAUUUGUGUGACAGGCCUGCUUGGAAACAUGUUUGUCCUCUUAGUAUUCUUCCUCCAGAAGGGUCGCUGCACAGUGGCUGAAAUUUACCUGGGAAACCUGGCAGCUGCUGACCUGAUGUUACUCGCGGGUCUUCCCUUCUGGGCUGUGAACAUCAUGCACCAUUUCAAUUGGCCAUUUGGCGAUUUCUUGUGCAAAACCACCAACGUAACAAUUAUUUUAAACAUGUACACCAGUAUUUACCUAUUGGCUAUGGUCAGUAUUGAUCGCUACUUGGCUCUUGUACGGACCAUGACCACUGGAAGAAUGAGGAGCAUUUUUUAUGCUAAAGUCUUCUGUCUUUGUAUCUGGCUCUUUGGAUUUAUCAUGAGCAUACCAUCGGUUAUUUACAGAAGCAUAGAAUAUGUUCCAGAAUUUGAUGGUGUGAUGUGUCUACUUAAAUUCCCUGAAAAAUCAUGGACAUUGGCUUCAUAUAUAAUUUUAAAUAUUAUAGGUUUUUUACUCCCUGUAAGUAUUAUUGCAUUUUGCAACCACCACAUCAUAAAAGCUCUGAGGGAUAGCCAAAAGCAUGCUUCUUCUGAGGAUAGGAGUGAUAAUAAAGCCAAUAAAUUAAUUUUUGCAGUUAUAUUGGCAUUUCUUUUCUGUUGGACUCCCUUCCACUUCUUCACCUUUCUUGAGAUAUUUUACCAGGUGGAUUAUCUAAAAGGUUGCAUGUGGGAAACAAUUCUAGAACUUGGAAAUCAAAUUGCAACAUACAUGGCUUGUUUAAAUAGCUUAUUAAACCCUGUACUCUAUGUUUUUGCUAGUCAGUACUUCAGAAGGAAAAUCACAGACAUUUUUAAACGCACCAAGCCCUGGAGAGGAUCGGAUUUAGUUGCACUGCAGCGAUCUGUCAUCGCAACACAUCGUCAGUGAAUUGAGAUUUUAUGAAGAUAAUACCAUAAGGUUAAA